AUGGCAGCGCGGAAGCCGGUCUUCAACCAGCAGGUCCUCUACGACACUACCCCGCUGCCAGACUCGAUCCCCAAGGUCAAGGAGAUUGGCGCCAGCUCUGCCCCGCUCCUGUCGGCUUCCUUCUUCAUCGGCGCGCGAUGCAGGGACUACAAUGACGACUACAUGCAAUGCAAGACCGAGAACCCCGGCAGGGGCGAGUUCGAGUGCUUGAAGGAGGGCCGCCGGGUCACCCGAUGCGCCCGGAGUGUUCUUGAGGACAUCAACAAGUCCUGCCUGGAGCAAUUCCGCGCACACUGGCAGUGCCUCGAAAACAACAAUCAGCAGCUGUGGCAAUGCCGGCCCGCCGAGUGGAAGUUGAACAAGUGUGUCUAUGAAAAUCUGAACCUCGAGAAGGUUAUCCCCGAUCAGCCGAAGCAAUCGACACCGGUACAUCUUAGACAGAAGCAAGUGUUUGCCCACCGAUGGAUCCAGCGGUGGGAGAAGCCCUUCAUACCAGGACAGUCUGAGGCAUCGGAGUCUUCUUGA